UAAGCAGAUGGCCUCCCGCCCCUCCCCCAGGCGGAUUUCUUAAUGGGGUGAAAAUGCCAGUCCCCGAAGCCAGGGUCCCCGGACCCCCGGGCCGAGCUGGGCGCGGGAGCCCCGCAGGGGCGGAGAGGCCGCCGAGCUUGAAGAAGUGGAGGAGAGAUCUACACAACUUAAGUGAGGCGUCCCCAUCCCGUCUUCCUGCUCGCCCUACUUUGUCCCCAGCUCCGUCUCUGCGACACCCUGCCCCCCUCCCCCAAAGAAGUCAGUCCCAGGCUCUGUCUGCAGAGAGCCAGGGUGAGAGCGGGCAAGGCAAGAGAGCGACCUCGGUCGUGGGCAAGUAGCUUGUUUUUACGUCCUUCAAUAAAAUUUUUAUGAGGAUCAUUUGAUUGUUCAUAAAUGUGUCUUUCAUUAAAUAAAAUUGUAGGCUGUUUUGGAACGGGAAAAAAGCAACGGAGGGAUGGGAGAGAGCGGUUUCUUUGGGGUCUGAUGCAGAAAUUCUGGAGGGGGCAGUGUGAUAGUAGGAAAGAUCAGACAACUUCGAUUCCUCCCCCCAGUAAGUUGGCUGCUACCCUCCUCCUUGAAUUUGGGGUUCGUUGCCCAGCCCUCUGCUUUCCAUCAGACUGUCCCAUGAUGGUUUCGUAAAGGUGGGCUUUAGGCAAGCAGGAAUUCUCAGAAUGGGUGCAAGAGAGGGGCAGGGAGGUUGGCUGGGGGGCAGAAGGGCAGGUGGGGUCCCCAGAGACAGAUGCAUCCUAGGCAUGGCACAGUGAGUUUGGAGGAGGGGUGCAAUUUCAGAGUCAGAAGGGAAGAGCCCCAGUUUGCGCUAACGGAAAUAGGCAGGAGCUGAGGCUGAGCUGCAGGCUCUGAGGCAGCAGGGAAGGACAAGGAUUCCCAGACCCAAGAUGCCUGCCCUUCUUUCCCACUCCUGUCCCCAGGAGGGCACCAAAUGCCAGGGGUGGGGGCGGAGGCUAGUUUUCUCCUGCAUCUCUGUUGACCUGUCUCCUCUGGGGUGGAGAAGGCCAGAAAGAGGUGUCCCAGAGAGUGUAGUGUGUGUGUUGGGGGGGAGGGAAGUUGAGGGGGGAAGGGUAGAUCUGCAGCCUGCAGCACUGACCCCAGCUUGCCAGGCCCCCUCCCCAGUCCCUGCUCCUCCCCCUCUCUGGUUCUUUCCUUUUCGGUCAAGCGGGGCUGGGAUUUCGACGCACGGGGGGGAUGUGAGAAGUGCCUGGCUGGGGAGAGGCGACCCCGGGGCCUCAGCCUCCUCACCCUCGGCUCCGGUUGUCUUCCCCUCCCCCGGACUGGACUGGCCUGGGAAAUCUAAAUUACAGCAAGAAACACAAUAUCUCUUUGGCCUUGAAGGAGUCGGGUUAGCUGUCAAUCAAAAAUUCUCCCUCACUAGUUCAAGGAAAAGACAGGAGGUUCCUCUCCCCCUGCCGAGGUUUUCUCCAAAUCCCCAGCACCGGCAGCACCUCCUCCAGCCAGGGUGGCUGGGGGACACUGCCCAGCUCUUGGGAGGCUGCUGGCAGCGAUGAGCAGAGACAUGUAGCCUUCAGCAGGCCCGGGGCCAGACUGCGACCAAGAGGACAUCAGGGGACAGAGCCUGUGAGAGACUGAGCCUGAGACAGCCUGAGAAAGAACAUCUGAAACACGGCGCCAGGCCCAUGGAGAGGAAGGAAGGAAGGGAGGAGGGAAGGAAAGAAGAAAACGGAGAAUUUGGAUAAAAAGAAGGAGAGAGGGGAGAAUUAAAGAAAAGAGGGGAGGCAAGAUGAAAGGAGACAGGAGAGUAGGGAAAGGAAGGCAUGCAGAAAGUGAGCCGGAGGAAGGGCGGCGACAGGCAGGCAGGACAGGGCAGGGCGCGGGCUGGCGGAGCAGCCGUGGCAUUGUGCAGUCCGCUAGCUUGCCGGGCCUUUGCCGCGGGACCAGCUCCGGGGCGCAGCGGCCACUUCUGUCCGGACACAAAGGAGGAAGAGGCCUCCUCUCCUGCCCCUCCCAGGCGACCUGCUGGGGUGGGUACACUAGGCCUCUGGGAUGGAGAACCCCAUCUCGGCCCAGGCAUCCACCCAGGAGCAAAGAAGACAGGACGAAGGAGCUUUCACGCUGGCUCCUCCUUUGCAUCUUUGCCAGGCGACAGGCCCAUCCGCCCCAACCUCGGUUUUCCUAGAAGAAAGAUGCCCCUAAAGAUCCUCUCUUAUGGGCCUCUUUUAUUUGGGAGAGCCCCUCAGACACAGUGGCUGUAAACAGAUGCCCCUUUCUCUCUUACCCCACUUUGGCCACUGCCUUCUUUUCAACUCUGGAGCUGCCUGCCCACCCUGCCUGCCCACCCAGCAGAGGCAGCAGCAGCAGGGCAGCGGGAUCACCCAGGAUCACUCGGCCCACGCUCCCUGCUGCCAUCAAAUUCCCCGAGAAACUGAGGGGAGAUUGUCACCUUCGUUUUAGACCGUGAACUCAGACCUUCCCCACUCAGGCACAGACACAGCUGUGGAUCAGGAAGCAGGCCUCGCCCACAGCCCCCUCCCCACCAAUGCCCCAUUUUGCCUAGGCCUUGCUGAGAGAGGCAGGCUUGAGGAGGGGGCUGGAAGAGGCUGGGAGUCCCUGAGUUCACCAGGCCAGGCCGAGGGCCCUCAGGUUCCACAACUGCACAACUGCACGUGGGUUGUAGCCCCAUUCUCUGCAUUUGGAGGUGGGGUGGUAGCUCAGGGCUCUGAAGCAGACAUUCAGGCUCCCCCUAAUCCAGGCCUGUAGGUGUGGAGGCACAAAGAGUGUAGGGGCACCAAGAAGGAGGGGCUUGUCUUCCCAGGUUCAGUGACUCCAGCUGAAUCUCCUGCCAGACUCCCAGACUCCCUCUCACCCCCACCUCUCCCUUCAAUUUUCCUCAGCACUGCUGGGGCAAAACCAAGGGACUGGAGGCCACUGGGAGUCUCUGUUGGGGAGGGGGUUGGGGAACCCCAGGUUUAGCUGGCAGCUCUGCAUCCACUCUGGUUCUUAGAGUGCCUCCUCGACCCCAAAAGGUUUCACAGGGCACAGGAGAGCCCCCUAAGGGGGAGGGGCACCCUACUCCAUCACCUCAGACCUGGACAGCUGCCACCACAACCAAGCUAGCACCACCGUGGGAAGGACAAACAGACAGAAAGACAGGUUAGAGUCAUCCCCUCCCCCUGCCCUGCACCUCCCUUUUAGUGAUUUAAAUUCCCUCCGGUUCAAUCCACACCGUCAAGUUCGGAUUAAAUUUAAAACAGGCUUUUCCCCGUCCCCCAGCGGGCCAUCCCGGCCUCUGCAGGCAGGGAGCCCGUUCCCGGCUCGUCAGCACCCGCCCGUCUGCCUGCGCGCGCGGAGGAGGCCCUGCUCCAUUUGCUUUCAUUUUCCUUCUCCCCCUGAAAUGGGCUCAUUUCACCUCUCCGCUGCCCUCUCCCCCUCCCCGCCCCCUCCCUGGUUCCCCUCUACUUUCCCCCCUUCUCUCUCCUGAUCCCUCUUUGUUGGGAAAAACACACCCACACACAACUCCUCCUAGCUAAGGCCUGCGCUGGAAGCAGAGACUGAAUUCUUCUGGCCUGCCGCGAGGAGACCCGCGUCCUGCCCCCACCCCAGGUGGGUAUCCGGGAUCCCUACACACCAGGAGUCAGGUCCCCAAGCCCAGCAGGAGUGAAACCCCUAGGGCCUGUGAACGUGGCCCUCUCAACGCCACGGCCUGCCUUCCCGCCGGCCCCCUGCCCUGCCGCCCCGCAGCAAACGGGGCUAUUUCCGGCGCCCCCAACCCGGUCUAGUUUCCCAGCCUGGGAAGUGGCUGGAGGGGGAGCAGCCUCAGAGCUAGGGGUGCUCUCUGCCUGGAGCCCCCAUGGCCCUGGGCGCCUUGUUACCUGAUCUUGGUGUGGUGCGUGUGUGUCGCAAGAAAAUUUGCAGUGACUUUGGAGCCCAGACUGAGGAAGCCGAGGUGGCGAAAGGAGAGACAAUACGGGUCCGAAGUACAAUUAAGGGGCCAGAGCUGCUAGUCUCUCCCCCGCCCUCCCUGCCAGACUAGGAGCUGUCUGGCCUCAAACCUCAGGGCAACCCGCGAACCUGGAGCCGGAAACUCAGCCCGUGGCGGAGGGAACCAGGGGAUCCGGCAUCCCGCAAGCUCCCUUCCAACUUGGGGGCGCAGCAACCAGCCCGGCUGAGUUACAGAGAAUCCAAUGAAUGAAAGUGCACACUCCGACGAAUUUUCCCGAUUUUUUCAGCCUUUGGAAGGAGAGCCUAGGUUUUGGGACCUCUCAGACAGACAGACAGACAGGCAAACCGCAUCUCCGGAGGCAGACAGACUCACAACAUGAGUGUGAGCCUGAAAUCAAAUACAGGUUCAACAUUGCCCAGGGCCUCUCUGCCAGGCCGGCGGGCGCCGAUCUCCCUACCUUCUCUCCCCUCCAGGGCGUUGGGCAGAGACCCGGAAGACUCCGUCCCUCGGUCCCUCUGGCUUGGUCCAAUCCCGCCUCGGGAAGCGCCUUCGUUACCUGCUCCUCGGCUCCCCACGGCCACAGAUGCAGGGCAGCCGCCUCCCGCCGGGGGAGGGAAGCCCCGGCCACCGCAGCCGCCGCUGCCCGCCCUCCUUCCCUCCCUCCCUCUGUCUCGCCCUCCCUCCCUCUCUCCCUCCCUUGCGCGCUGCCGCUCGCGGGGCCCUCCCGCGGGCAACCUGUUCUGGACCAAAUCCAGGUAUCUCCGAAAGAGAAAAAAGAAAGGACCGCUCACGUGGAAAAGAAAGAAAGAAAGACCCCUCACUGCAUUUAUUUGUCAUGCCCUGACCAGUGGUCGGCCUCAGUUCAGCCGCCCUGGACCCGGCCCUGCAGCUGCAGAGGUGUGCCGGGCCUGCUGCCUCGCCCACGCUGACCGCCGCGCCCCGCGCACUGCGCGCUCCGCACUCCCGGCCGCCGCCCCCCGGCAGCCCAAACACCAAACAGACCUCAAGGUCCUUCCUACAGACUCAACAUCCGGUUGCCUGCCUUGCCGCUGGCCUCUGCCUGGGAGCCCGCUCCGCUCCGUCUGCGGCCAAAGUCCACACACAAUCCACCUUGUCCGUGCUUUCGCGCCCGGCCCGGACACCCCUCCUAGCCAAGGCACCCGCCUGGCCACUCGGGCUGCGGCCCUUCCCCGGACUGCAAACAUCCUCCCCUCCAUGGGACCCACACAAAGCCCGUGCCCUGACGCUCCCACCCUCAGCCCCCGUCCCCGGCCGCCGCUGCCCUUCACCUGUUCUCGGGAAGGGCUGCAUCUCCGAGCCGAGGCAAGGCCGUGGGCCCGGGCAGAGUGUGCUGGGGAGCCGAGGUCCCAGGGAGGCCACAGGGGAUCGGCCAGGCUGAGCCGAGCGGCAGCCGGCGAGGUGUCUCAGAGACCAAAGCUCUCCUUGGCAAGCUCUUGCCUUUUCCUCCUUCUCCCGCAAGUCUUAAACACUCACACGCCGAGAGUUCAGCUCUAUAAAUCCUGCUCCUCUUUCCCAUAUCAUAAUUAAAAAAAACCAGUAGGGGAGGUUUUAACUUUUAUUGCGAUUUCUGGAGUUGGGCUGCGGAGCAUAUAUUAAGUUUACGCUUAUGCGCUCUCGGCGGGGAGGGUCCUUUAAGAAAUAAAAAUCCAUCUUAAUAUCCGCAGACGAGAGAGAUAAUUUUUUCCCUCCUCUUCACGCUGUUUCUUCUGAAGACUCCCUUCCAGCGAAGCGAAUAAAUAAUCACCACUGCCUUAGCCAUGAUCCACGGCCCCAGGGCCCUGGGGUGGACUCUGGCCACCAGACUGGCCCUCACCUUGGCCCUAUGAAAACUUGUCCCAUUCCUCAGGAUUUGAGGGGGGGGACACACCCAGACCCAUGGCUCUGUGGCCACCCCCCCUCCAUAAGCCCAGCGGCUCUGAAACGGAAACGGGGGUGGGGGUGGGGGGGUAGAAAGACCCAAAGCGCAGAAGUCGUUCAUUGGUGAAUUUCGGCCCAUCAGGGAUGCUGUCUCCAAGCCAGGCACUCGGGAGCCCCCGCCCCUGCCUGGGACUCCCCUCACUCCAACUGGCC